AUGUUCUGCGGCAAUACAAAGUCAAGGGCUUGUGCUGGCUUCAUAAUUGAAGACUGGAUCAUUGGCAGACUUCCGCAAGACGGUGAAUGGCGCUUGAAUACAAUGGGGGUAUCAACGAGGGAAAAAUACUUGCAUUGGCGUGAUGUUGGGUGUCGUGGUAAGCGUUAUUUCCGUGUAGGGUAUCAUGGCACAGCAACUAUGGCAGACGAAUGCGUUGAUACUCCAAGUUUCGACCCAAUCCGUACAUUCUCUUGUAAUUCUGGUGAUGACGGCAAGUUGGAGGCACUAUCGAAGGCAGAUGGCAUUGGCAUACCAGUGAAGGCGAAUCAACCCACCUAUGAUUUAUUUGUUUGGCGUGCAGAAGAGAAGCGAGCGAUCAUGGUUCAAGUGACCGUGUUUCCAAGGCACACCGUUGUCAAGAAGGGUCUGAAGCAGCUGAAGGAGGCCGGUGCAAAUUAUCUCGACCUUAUUGUGGUAACGCCUGUGUUAAUCACGAAAAAGUCUUAA